ACUCUGCUAGUGCUUGCUCCCAUCCUUUAUCACCCAUUAGUUAGCUGCUUGUUAAAAACCUCUGUGCUUUCGCCUAUGCUGUCCCUGAUGCUCAACAUAACAUAUGAAGAAUCACUUCUUUAUCUUCUUUUUGAAACCUGGUUUUUGCUGUGAUGUUUACUAAUCUCAGCUUGUUAAUUGUGGCUAAGCAGAUGACCAGCUGAGACUAUUCUCCUUUUCUUUCUCUACUCUUUUUCUUUGCACCUUUACUCUCAAAAAGUAAAGUUAAAACAAACAAACCUGCAUCCAUGUAACUAGCAAAGUCAUGACCGCUGUUCACCAUGUUCAUUGCUCAUUUGUUGCAUCCACAACUUCUCCUUUUUGUUUGUCUUAAAAUUGUAAACCCUUUAGGGCAGUUAUUGUCUCUUUUGCUUUUAUUUCCUUAUAAGGCUAGCAUUACUGGGUCCCAGUGCUGAAUGAGGUCUUUGCGUUUUUCCAUCAUAUUAAUAGUCGUCAUUCCUGUUAGAUCAUCACUUCGGUCUUAUUUUCCUAUUGGAAGGUGACAUACAUAUACAGUUAGCUGACUGGUGACAGAAACGUGAAUCAAAAUGCCUAAUUUUGAACAUCCAGAGUAUCCAGAGGCUACCUUACUUCACUUGGAAAGUAUGGUGCCCUGUCGAGAAUCCCAGGUGUCAUCACUGUUAUCAGUAUUUGGCAAGCGUCAGCAUUUUAGCUUCCCAUCCAUCUUUAUUUAUGGACAUACAUCUAGUGGAAAGACAUAUGUGAUACAAACUGUUCUAGAAACAUUAGAGCUUCCUCAUUUGUUUGUGAAUUGUAUUGAAUGUUUUACUUCAAGGCUCCUAUUAGAGGAAAUUUUGACCCAGUUGCAAAACCUUUCAUCUGAAAAGAAACAUGGCUCUCGUGUUCCUUGUGACACAUUCAAUGACUUUGUUCGUCUGUUUAAACAAGAAACCAUUACUCAAGAUCUACAGAAUCAAACAGUAUAUAUUGUACUCGAUAAAGCAGAACAGCUGAGGGAAAUGGAGGCAAAUGUGUUGCCAGGGUUUCUGAGACUACAAGAAUUUACAGACAGAAAUGUGACUGUUAUUUUCCUUAGUGAAAUUGUGUGGGAACUAUUUCGUCCAAACACUGGAUGCUUGGAGCCAUUUACCUUGUAUUUUCCUGACUACAGCAUAGGACAUCUACAAAAGAUUCUCUCCCAUUAUCAUCCUCCAGAAUAUUCUGCUGAUUUUUAUGCUGCAUAUAUUAAUAUUCUUCUUGGUGUCUUCUACACAGUCUGCAGGGAUUUGAAAGAGCUUCGACAUCUGGCUGCACUAAAUUUUACUAAAUACUGUGAACCAGUGGUCAGAGGAGAAGCAAGUGAACGUGACACACGUCGACUAUGGAAAAAUAUUGAAUCUCAUUUGAAGAAAGCAAUGCAGACUGUUUAUCUCCGGGAAAUAUCUAGCUCACAGUGGGAAAAAAUACAGCAAGACGAUGGAGAACCUGGACACUUGAAAGGACUUUCUGCACAUGCUCAUGUAGAACUUCCUUAUUACUCCAAAUUCCUUCUGAUAGCUGCUUACCUUGCCUCCUACAAUCCUGCCAGGACAGAUAAGAGGUUCUUUCUUAAGCAUCAUGGGAAAAUCAAGAAGACAAACUUUCUGAAAAAGCAUGAAAAGACUAGCAAUCACCUCCUUGGGCCAAAGCCAUUCCCUCUGGACAGAUUGUUAGCAAUUUUAUACAGUAUUGUGGACAACAAAGUUGCUCCAACUGCAAAUAUAUUUUCCCAGAUCACCUCUCUUGUGACACUCCAGCUUUUAACAUUGGUUGGCCAUGAUGACCAGCUUGAUGGACCAAAAUACAAAUGUACUGUGUCUCUAGACUUCAUCAGGGCAAUUGCAAGGACCGUGAACUUCGACAUAAUAAAGUACUUGUACGAUUUCUUGUGAAAACAAGCCUCUCAGCCAUAUGGACACUGUGACAAUAACUAAAGCAAGCUGUGUUCCUCUAUCUACUUAGCUGGCCAGGGAGAAGAGUAUUUUGGCUCUACUGGAUUUGUCCAAACAGGUGUUGGCCCAGCAUGCAAUCUGAUGAAAAUAUUCUGAUUGGUCUGGGUAGAUCUGAGCAGAGGACUAUUUACCAGGGACCCUGGAGUAUUUGGAAGCAAUGUGUUAAUUAUAAACAGCAGGGUUUGAGCACAAUCUGUUCUACUCUUAAUGAUGUUAUCUUAACACUGAAAUUGCCUGAAACCCAUUUACUUAGGAAGGCAUUUUGCUCUCUGAACUAUCCCCUGUGCUUUGAACAUGGCAGCAGCCCUUGUUUGUAUGCCCAGUCUUUUCACUUCUUCUCCACAGGAAUCUUUGCAAUUGCUUGCCAAAGCAGCUUUUCCUAAAGCCACCAUUUUAAGAGAGUGGAGCAGCAAAAUAUAAUAAACAUAAAUGUAUGUUUAAAAUCAACCUUGUGUAUGCUUAUCUGCAAACCAUAUAUAGAUUAGAUGUUCAACUCACAAGUAUAGAGAUUAUUAUAGGAAAACCCCAAAUUUCUCAGCACAGAGUUUAUCUUGAGAGCCACUUAUAAAUGUUACCCUUAAAAACCUUAUCUUUAUCGAGGUUGUAGAAAAAUCAAAUUUUAAAAUGUAUGAGUGCUAAAGCUAUCAUUUCCAUGCUAGGUGCCAAUACUUGGCAGGGCUUUUCCCCUUCACCAGAUUUCAAGGAGCUUUUUAUUUAAAUAUUCCUGCCAUUCUUUUGAAUUCAGAGUUUUCUUGAGUGCAAAUUCUUGUGUAAUUCUCAGUGGAAAUAUUUUAGAGUGCAGAGUGUCAUAGAAGCAAAGCAAUCUAGUUGAAGUGUAUAUGCUGUAUUGUGGUGCAGCAAGCUUCUUCUGCCGCAAUGUGUAUGCAAGCUAAAGUUUCAUCAAGUAAAAUGAUGUAUCUGUUACACACUGUUUUUACCAGAGAAACCACUGUAGUCUGAAGCAAAAAGUUGCACAUAAUUUACAAUACCAUAAAGCAUUUGUCACGCCUCCUGAAAAACUUCAAUACUUAAUUUUCAAAACAUCCACAUUUUCAGUACUUCAAAAAUGUGAAUAUUUUUGUUAACAAAUAUGGUGUAAGAUAAGAUAAUCGUUGUUUGUAAUAAACUCUAAAUUCUCUUCACUUUUCAGAGUCAAAUGCUAGGCUGACAACAGCUAAGUGGCUUAAAUAGCACUAAGAUCUUAAGCAAUUAUGUGCAAUAGGGGAUUUUGAGAGUUCCAGUAUCAAUUCCUGGAAGUGAAAGCAGGGGACACUAGGAAAUUUUAGGCGGCUGAACACAAACUGGACCACGUGCUGUGUAAUACAUACCAACAAGAGCACAUCACAGCUCUGCAAGUUAUAUUGGCUUUCAGAUAAGCGUUAAGGUCCUAAUAUAAAUCUGCAGAGUCCUGCAAGGACUGAGCCCUGACACUUUUCCACAAUUUAUCACAUCAGGAACCCUACCAUAAGCAAUGCCCAGUAAGCAAUUCUCAAAGACGAAGGGUAAGGUUUUGUUGGUGGGAGAUCAAACCUGUGAAAUCCUCUUUUACCAGAAAUCAAGAUGACUCUAAAUCCUUAGAAUUUUCAAAAUAAAAUUUAAGGAGCAUUUAAAAUAAAACUUUUGCAAAAUAGAAAUGUGUUCCAGUCAUGGCUGCAUGAUUAUUCCUGUUAUUGCUAGUCAAAAGCAAACUCAACAGAAGACCAAGGGAUGGUGGAAAGCAAAGUCCUCUAGACCAUAUACUGCUCUACAUAAUUUUGCUGAUGCAUAGAUACUAUGGUGAUUGGUGAAAACAUAGACAUCUGAAAUGUGAAUCUGGCCUCCUAGGCAAUGUCUACCCUGCAGCACUAUUUCAGGAUAUGCUAUUCUGCAUCUUUUGAGCAUACCCAUUAUUUCGAAAUAUAAUGGUCUUGCUAUUCCAACUUCCCUA